UCAUUAUAUUUUCUUUUUAUCCUUCUUGCUUUCAUUUUCACAUUGCAUAACUAUAAAAAUCAUGUCUAAGCGAUCUAUUGCAUAUAGCGACGAGAAAGAUAAGUUGUUGUGUGAGAUUUUUUCGGAGCAUACUCAAGAUGCAAUUACGGGUCGAGGUCAAUCCAAGGAAGCUUUUUGGAAACGGAUUGUUGAAACAUUCAACGAUCAAAAUAAGAAGGAUAGUCAGUCUGAGGUUGCCUACUCACAUACGUUGAAGUCAUUGGAAAGUCGAUUUUCAUUGAUCCAAAACCAUUGUAGGUUAUUUCUUAGUUGUAUUAAAUAUACGGAGGAUUUGAAGAAAAGUAGAGCAUCUGAAAUCGACACGAUGAUGAUGGCAAGAGACAUGUUCAAGAAACAUCCAUCGGGGUCUAAAAGAGGAUUUCAGUUUGAUCACGUUUUUGAAAUUAUGAGUAAUUUAGAAAAGUUUAAAGACCAUAACGAACCUAGAAAUUUACAUAAAAGUUCUCGGCAAAAUUUUGCAGGUCACAUGUCAUUGUCGCAGGAGAACGCUACAUUUGAAUCUCCUAAACUUUUGGCAUUUACUAUGAAUUUAUCUGAUGAAAAUGUUGAAGGUGAAUCAUUUCGUUUCAAUGACAAGUUUGGCGACUCUUCUCACUUAUAAAAAAUAAAAGAACCCUAAACACUCAAGUGUUAGUCGAUAUAAAAAAAUUCCCUCAAAGAAAAUAUACAUUCAUUCCAUCUGUUAAAAUUAUAUAAGUUUGGUUGGACAGAAAAACUAAGAAAAUAACGAUAUUUUAAUUUUAAAAUGAAUUAGAUAAUAAAGUAAAAUGAAAUUGUGAGAGUAUUAUAAAAAAUUUAUUAAAAAUUUGAUAAAAAAUAAUAAGAUACAUGGAAAAAAUAGUUGUAAAUUAGUUGUGAAGUAAUUGUAACAAAAUUAUGGAUGGAUAAAAUUAUUUACUAUAAAUAUAUAGUCCAUAAUUUUAGCGGACAACCAAAAAAAUAAAUAGUUAUAUAAUUAUGGGUGACGGAUAGAGUAAUUUUUAUUUCCCCAACCAAAAAACACCAUUUUCCUCCCAAAUUCUCUUGUAAAUACAAUAUUUGAUACAAUUAGAUGCAGUAAAAUAUUUUUUUUGAAAUAUUUUAAAUAUCCAAUCUAGAUUUGAGAUCUGUUUUACUCUUAUUUUGAUAAUUAAUAUAAUGUAAUUUUUGAAUUUUUGUAAAAUAUUAUCGCAUGGUAUCAGAGCAUUAGGUCUUAAAUUCGAGUCUCAUCGUUCCCCAUUUAUCGUCGUUCACGUGCAAGUUUUGUAGCGUUUAUACCCGAGCACGUGAGGGGGCAUAUUGGCAUAUUGGUUUACUCACGUUUGUAAAUAAAUAAACAAAUGAUGCGUAUCUCUAAUUGUUUAAACUUUUUAGUUAAAACUUUUAAAUGGGGUGAUUAAUAUACUAACCCGUGUUUCUUCAAGUACAUUCAACAUAAAUGUAUUCGGAGAUCUCCAAAAUUUGAGAGUGUCUCUAGUUGUUAGUCUUUAUGUUUAGAGUAUUAGUUUCCAUUUGCAUUUGAACUUGAGAGUACUAUUUGCGUAUAUAUCUGUGAUCCAUAUGUCAUGUUUCUCUAGAGCUAUAUAUCCGACUGCACUGAGAGUCUCAUUGUUUCUGACUCUGUUAUGAGUCAUGUUGUUUUCGACUCUGUGGAGAGUUCCGCCGUUUUCGGCUCCGGUGAGAGUUCUAUCGUUUUUUACUCAUUUGAAAGUCUUGUUGAUUUUGACUCUAAUUCAGUUGAAAACAUUAUUUCUGGUUUUGACACGGUGGAGCGGCGGAAGCAACGACGGACAAGCAACUGUUAUAUUCGUUUUCGUUUGAAAUAUUUUAAAUAUUUAGUUUAGAUUUAAAUUUGGUAUUAUUUAUUGAUUACGUUCUUUAGGUUGCUUAGAUUUGAAUUUAUGACUUUAUUUUAUGGUGAUAUAUAGGCUCUUAUUAAAUCGGUCAAUAUAACGCAAUUUUUAGUUUUUGUAAAUUAUUCUCACCAUUCUCACCUCCACAUAAUUACAUUCACAAACCAAACAACUUUUUAUGAAUUAAAAUCAUCAACCAUAAGAGUACCUAGCGAACUCAUAUGAUGGAGAAUCACGGAAGGUGAAAAUAACAUCACCUUCUUCAUAGAAUUCCGGUAAGUCGCGGUAAGGCGAAAAAGUCAUCUUGAUUCUAGCCAGUUUCCUCGAGACAAAGCCCCGGAAAAGAAAUCGAGGGUGAAGGACUUCGGCGCCAUUAAGUUCAAGUUCGAACUUCAAACUUAGAAAUCAUGUAGAGUGAUUUAUAUCUUUGUUAAAAUAUAUCCAUUUUUUAUUGUCUUUUAAAUUUAUGCGAUGUUUAUUUAUAAUAAAAUACUGGAAAAAAAAUAAAAAAUAGCUCGAUUGAAAUCAUAAGCAAUUAAUUUUUUUAGUUUUAAUAUAAACAGUUCAUUAAUUUUAGAUACCAAUAUAAAUAAUUUUAAUUACUUUUAAGAACUAAUUGAACACGGUGUUAACUUAGAAAUUGUAAAAGAACAUGGCGUCGUCUAAGAGUGUCCAUUCCAAGU